AUGUCUCAAUCACGUGAAAGUUUGAAUGACAGCUGGGGUUGGGUUUUAACUACCAUACCAGAACCGGAAACUGCUACAGAACCAGAAGUAACAUCCGAACCAGAAGUUACAUCUGAGCCAGAAGUAACAUCCGAGCCAGAAGUAACAUCCGAGCCAGAAGUAUCAUCCGAACCAGAAGUAACAUCCGAGCCAGAAGUAACAUCCGAACCAGAAGUAACAUCCGAGCCAGAAGUAACAUCCGAACCAGAAGUAACAUCCGAGCCAGAAGUAACAUCUGAACCAGAAGUAACAUCCGAACCAGAAGUAUCAUCCGAACCAGAAGUAACAUCCGAGCCAGAAGUAACAUCUGAGCCAGAAAUAACAUCCGAGCCAGAAGUAACAUCCGAGCCAGAAGUAUCAUCCGAACCAGAAGUAUCAUCCGAACCAGCAGUAACAUCUGAGCCAGAAAUAACAUCCGAGCCAGAAGUAACAUCCGAGCCAGAAGUAACAUCCGAGCCAGAAGUAACAUCCGAACCAGAAGUAACUUCCGAGCCAGAAGUAACAUCCGCGCCAGAAGUAACAUCCGAGCCAGAAGUAACAUCUGAACCAGAAGUAACAUCCGAGCCAGAAGUAACAUCCGAGCCAGAAGUAACAUCCGAGCCAGAAGUAACAUCCGAGCCAGAAGUAACAUCCGAACCAGAAGUAACAUCCGAGCCCGAAGUAACAUCAGAACCAGAAGUAACAUCAGAACCAGAAGUAACAUCAGAACCGGAAUUGUCUGUCUCAGCAGAAUCCGAAGGAACAGCAUACCCAGAGCAUGCAGAGCCAGAGGCCACUUCGGAGCCAGAGAAAACUGCUCAGGCAGAGGUCCGACCAUCUGCGGCUGAAAUAGUUGUUCCACCGUUUCUAUUGAUGAUAAUUAUAAUUUUGGGUUUACUGGGUUUAUUGGGAAGAACUAAAUAUUCAGCUAUUAAACAAUCAACGCUUACAUUCAGUCGGGCCUUUAUCCGAAACGUUAUUGCCAACCGAAGCAAAUUUGACAAUUUUAACAAGCAGACCAAGGUGGAAGAAAUCAAGCUCGAUAAUGAAACCUUAAACGAAAAAGAUUUAUUGAACGAUGAGCCAUUUUUUACUCGGUUUGAUCUGGAAGUUAUGGACAGUUUAAAGAACUCUUACAACCGCCCGAAAGAACUAAUGAGAAUUGCUUUACCGGCACUGCUGUCGUUAGCCUUAUGUCCAUUGACUUUAUACAUGUACGACCCAGUAACAAAGUUUCUGUGGCCAGUAGAAGAGUAUGUAACAAAGCCGGAUAUCAACGACGCCAUUGCGUGUUUUCUUGCACCCGCCGGAUUGGUUUACGCCACAUCCUUUGGCUUUGCGUUUCAAUCUGCCAUCAGUAAGCAGCAUGAAAUCCUGAUGAAAAUGACUGCCGAGAUUAGUAUGAUAGAUCAAAUAGCUACGUUUACGGCUAAGCUCCGACUGCCCAGUCAGCAGCUCCGAAUGGAGAUCUACAAGUCCAUCAAGACGGAAGCUAUCUUUAUGAUCCUGCAGAUUUUAGAUAGAGAUGUGUCCACUUACAAGUAUAAAGCUCCACACGAUCUGAAGGUAAAAAUCUGGUCAGUGCUGGACACGCUACGCCAUGUUAACACCAGUAAAACUAACCACGUAGAUAGAUGUCUGUCAGAGAAAAUAAUGGGACACAUCAUGGCUUUAAACAGUAUCUGUUCUGACAGAAUGGGGGUUUUACAUGCCAGAAUCCACCCUGUGAAGUGGAUGUUUUUAGAGACUCUGGGGUUUUUCUCCUUUGUUGGAAUAUUGUUAUUAAAUGCCUUCAGUUAUCGAAUGGAACUAGUAAUGUGUAUUAUCACGGUAUUUUCUAUCAGUAUGCUAUGUUUUGUAGUCUCCGACCUGGAUUCUCCGUUCAGCGGCUUUUUCCGAGUAGAUCUAUCCGUCAUGCAUGAAGUGAUUGAGAGGGUAGCUGCCAUGCACGAACUGGCAAGAAUCGGUGAAAAUGCGUUAAUAUUUUACCCAGAGAAGUCAAAUGGCACCGAGGAUAUUUUAGCAAAAUCUCGACCAAGUUCAGCUGAAAUAAAAACUGAUAAGAUCAUCAGAGAUUGCUGGUAACUACAACUCUCGUCUGAAAAACCAGUUUAUAUUCCGCUAAGCGAAGCUCAGGUUUCUCUUCGCUUGAGCGUAGUAAGCUUCAAAGCUCAGCUAUGAAGCGAAGUUUCGCAUACGACGUACCUUCGUAAGUUUAGGAUGUGAUCCUACUUCUUCGCUUUGCUUUGGGCUUUGCAACCAAUCAAUGACACUGAAAAGGCAGAGCAAUCUGGCGUCGGCGUAUUUGCCGCUUAUCAUUCGAAAAUUUAACAUUGCGAUGCGCAUCAAAUCAAAGCUUCACUUAACUUUCUGUUUUCUUCGCUUUACUCUUUCGUUAUCGGAGUUUAACUCGGCCUUGCGGAGUAUAAACCGGCUUUUGUUCUGUUAUAUUUAGAAUAUAAAUAAAUAAAUCUAUUAGUGCGUUU